AUGAAUGAUAAAGAAAAGAAAAAUACUCUAUGGACAAGGCUCAUACUGAUCCUAUCGAUUUCAUGUAGUGUAUCUACGGAAAAUACAACAGAAACUACAACUACAACAACGGAAGCUAUCACUACAACUGUGGAACCUACAAUAACAAAUUAUAACACUACAACUGUAGAACCUACUACAACGGAUGCCAUCUCUACAACUGUUGAACCCACAACAGUAGAAGCUAACACUACAACUGUUGAACCUACAAUAUCGGAAGUUAUCACUACCACUGUAGAACCUACAACAACAGAAGAUACCACUAAAACUGUUGAACAUACAACAACAGAAGCUAUCACUACAACUGUGGAAACAACAACAAUAGAAGCUGCCACUACUACUAUUCAACUUAAAACGGAAGCUAUCAUUACAACUGUUGAACCAACAACAACUGAAGUUACCGUUACAACUGUAGAACCUUCAACUACAGAAGAUAGAACUACAACUGUAGAACCACCUACAACAACAGAUACCAUCACUACAACUGUUGAACCUACAACAACUGAAGUUAUCAUUACAACUGUAGAACCUACAACAACGGAAGAUACCAUAACAACUGCUGAACCUACAACAACAGAGACUAUCACUUCAACUGUCGAACCUACAACAAAUGCUGCCACUACUACUGUGGAACUAACAACAACGGAAGCUAUCAUUACAAAUGUUGAACCUACAACAACACAAGAAACAUCUAAAACGGUAGAAACUACAACAACGGAAGAUACCACUACAACUGUUGAAUUUACAACAACAGAGGCUAUCACUACAACUGUGAAACCUAGAACAACAGAAGCUAUCACAACAACUGUAGAACCUACAACAACAGAUGCCAUCACUUCAACUGUUGAAAAUACAUCAACAGAUGUCUUCACUACAACUCUUGAACCUGCAACAACAGAAGCUAUCACUACAACAGUUGAAUAUACAACAACAGAAGCUUCUACUUCAACUGUAGAAAUUACAACAACAGAAGAUAUAACUUCAACUGUAGAUUUUACAACAACAGAAUCUAUCACUACAACUGUAGAUUUUACAACACCAGAAUCUAUCACUACAACUGUGGAACCUACAUCAACAGAAGCUCUGACUACAACUGUAGAACCUACAACAACAGAAGGUAUAACUACAACUGUAAAACCUACAACAACGGAAUCAAUCACUACAACUGUGGAACCUUCAACAUCAGAAGCUAUCACUACAACUGUGGAACCUUCAACAUCAGAAGCUAUCACUACAACUUCGGAACCUUCAACAUCAGAAGCUAUCACUACAACUGUGGAAUCUUCAACAUCAGAAGCUAUCACUACAACUGUAGAAUCUACAACAACAGAAGCCAUCACUACAACUGUAGAACCUACAACAACGGAAGCUAUCACUACAACUGUAGAACCUACAACAACAGAAGCUAUCACUACAACUGUGGAACCUACAACAACCGAAGCUGCCACUUCUACUGUAGAACUUACAACAACUGAAGAUAUAACUUCAACUGUAGAACCUACAACAACGGAAGCUAUCACUACAACUAUGGAAUCUUCAACAUCAGAAGCUAUCACUACAACUGUAGAAUCUAAAACAACAGAAGCCAUCACUACAACUGUAGAACCUACAACAACG